AUGACUACGCCAUACGUGCUUCCUGUCAACACUCUAGUACUUGUUACAGGCGCCAAUGGCUUUAUAGCGUCUCAUACUGUUGACCAGUUGCUUAAAAAAGGCUUCAAAGUCCGGGGCACAGUUCGUGCUCCUAAGCCUUGGCUCAAUGCCUUUUUCGAUGAGAAGUAUGGGGAAGGACGCUUCGAAACAGUGACUGUCAAAAACAUCGGGGAUGUCCAAGAACUGGAAAAUGCAAUGCAGGGAGUUGGAGGUGUCAUCCACAUGGCAACUGAUUUGACUUUCAGUUCGGACCCUCAUGCCGUCAUUCCCUGGGUGACCGAUGCUGUGCGCAAGGUCCUUGAGGCUGCAUCUCGGACUAAAACUGCCCAAAGGGUUGUUCUCACUUCCUCGUCACGAGCUGCCUAUAUGUCUUCGCGCGGUAGCACCAAGGGUGUUCGUGUAGACGGUAGUUCUUGGAACGAAGCAUCCAUCGAAGCAGCAUGGGAUCCAAUGACUCCGGAGGACGCCAAACCUUUUGCUGUGUAUUCUGCGUCUAAAACAGAAUGCGAGAAAGCCGCCUGGGCAUGGAUGAGAGACAAUCAACCACAUUUUGAAUUCAACACUGUGCUUCCCGACUUUAAUACUGGAAGGAUUCUUCAUCCGGAGAUUGCUGGCUCGACCAUGGGCUAUGUACGCACGCUUCUGAAAGGAGAUCCUAGCGUGUUCGACCGUUUGCCUCCUCGUAAGAUUCCAUUCUCUCUUUCUCUGUCCUCUCUCCUCAGCCUCUGUGGAAAUUCUCUAAUAUGUCGGUCCCCUGCAGAGUGGUAUGUUGAUGUCGAGGACACCGCUCGUCUCCAUGUCAUCGCGCUACUCAGCCACGAUGUGAAGUCUCGAAGGCUCUUUGCCUUUGCAGCAUCAAAGAAUUGGACAGACUAUGUACAAACCCUUCGCAAAUUGCGACCUAACAAAGACUUGAUCCCAGAACCUCCUGCGAAUGAAAGGCACGAUGAAGCAGAUAUCGUUCUGGCUCAUCAAUCCGAGACUUUGCUCAAAGAUUUCUUCGGCAGGCAAGGUUGGACUCCACUUGAUGAAAGUCUCGCAGCUGGUAUAGAAGGGUUGGAUUAG